ACUCUCUCUCUCUCAAGAAAAUCCCACUUCUUCUCAUCUCAGUUUUACUCAAAUUAGUGAAACAAAAGCCUGGUUUCUUCGCUCCAUCCCUCUUUUCAGAUUUACUUUUACUCUUCAAACCUUUCUCAUUCAACCCAGAUUUUUUUUCCUACUUUUUUUCCUCUCUUUAUUCUCUCAGAAUCUCUCCUUUAGCUUUCGCUUUCAAUGCAAAUCUGAAGAAAAAGGGAACGAUUUCUCGCAUAGUCGAAGGAAAUGAUGUUUUCUACAAACAGAGUGAAGUACAGCGAGCACGUAACGAGCACUACCGUUAGGAAAAGGCGGGAAAAUCCAAUUUCCGGCGCGAAAAUCGCUCUUCCGGCGGCGAGGACGGUUCGUUUCUGCGUGACCGACGCCGACGCCACCGAUUCUUCGAGCGACGAGGAGGAGGAGCGGCUUGAUUUCGCGGUGAGGCGGCGGAGGGUGAGGAGGUUCGUCAGCGAGGUCAGAAUCCAGGCCUGCGCGGGCGGAGACAACGGAAAUGCCGACGCUAACGGAGGCGCUAACGGCGCCGUGAGGGUUAGCCGGCAGCCGAUGAAGCGGAAGAAGGGCGGAUUGGAGAGGAAGGCGGCGGCGGGGGCGAGGAAGUUCCGCGGCGUGCGGCAGCGGCCGUGGGGGAAGUGGGCGGCGGAGAUUCGCGACCCGCUGCGGCGCGUGAGGCUGUGGCUCGGGACGUACGACACGGCGGAGGAAGCCGCCAUGGUGUACGACCACGCGGCUAUUCAGCUGCGUGGCCCCGACGCGCUCACCAACUUCUCGGCUCCGGCUUCGGCUUCGGCGCACGGCUCGGGCUAUAACUCCGGCGACGACGCGCGCAAGUCGCCGAAGUCGGUGCUGCGGUGCGUCUCGGCGGCGGACUCGGCGGAGGCGGAGGCGGAAGCCGAGCCGGAGCCCGAAGCCGAGUCGUCGGCUUGCGUCUUCCCUCAGAACGACGUCGUCGAGGAUCUCGCGAUAUUUCCCGCGAGCGACGAUAUAUUCGCGGAGUUCGAGAAGCCGGGGGACUUGUUUGACGAGAUGGUUUUCGCGGACGACAUUUUCGGGGCGGGUUUCUGCAGCGGCGAUUUGGGUGUCGGGUCGGGUGCGGAUCUGGGGCUCGGGUCGGCCAGCUGGCAGAAUGAGGACUUUUUUCAUGAAUUCGGUGAUAUAUUCGGGUCGGAUCCUCUCGUUGCGCUCUGAGAAAUCAGCACCAAUUUUGUUGAUUUCUUCGGCAGUUUUGGGAUAUGGUUAAUUAGUGUGUUUUUAUUUUAUUUAUUUGUGUGGAAAAUAGGCCUGUGUAAUUCUGUGUUUAAUGUGAAGAAAUUUAAAUUAUUCGUGCUGAUAAAUAAUCUUAGCUCGGCUCCUUUCCGGUAA